AUGGCGCAUAGCUUACCAAGACUACAGUCCAACCUCCACUCACCUAAAUACACGAUCACUUCUUCUUCCGGCACCAUGUCGAACGGCCUGCCCACUGGCACUUCCGCACCUUCAGCGCCACCAGCUCCUGCGCCGGGCAACAACCAGACUGGUCAGGCGGGUGUCUUUCCUGCUGCCGGCGCACCUGCAACAGCAUUCACCAUCCCGCCCACUGGCUUGACGGAUGCGCAAAUCUUCGCCGACUCACUCGCCAAUCUGAGUGAUCUUCGCAUGCUCCAAAUCGCCAUCACUCACACCAACAAGGAGAUUCUUGACGUGUGGAACGCGCAGCAUCCCGAAUCUGCCAAGCUGACCGACCAGUCAGUGUCACGUCGCAUCACACACGCGACGGACUACUGGAAAACGCAAGGCGUGAUUCGUGCUGUCGUCAGAGCGGAGCUGGAACGACUGAAGAACGCAAACGGCACCACGGCGCGGAAGAACGCAACCACUGGUACGGUCAGACACAGACCCAGGGCCAACAACCAGCCGGCACCACCACCAACCCAGCCAGCGGCAGCGCCAGCACCAGCGCCUGUGACUGGUACUGGUGGCCUCGAUCAGGUGCAGCAGGCAGGGCAGGGUGGAGUGGAUGACAGCGAUGGGCCUGACGGCGACGACGACCCUGCGCAAGAUCUCGAAGACUUGUUGGCAGAGGCGGAUCCGCAAGGACCUGCUGUUCCUCCAACCAUCGAGCAAAACCCUUGGGCACCAUCAGUCGGCUACCUCGCUGGACAGCCCGGCUACGUCCCAGGAUUCCGCGCCUACAAUGCGGAUGGAUCGCAGAUUCUGGGGCCUGCAGAUGCGCCAGUCCAACCACAAGCCGAUGCUGAGGCUGCCGAAGAUGCUGAGCGAGGCUUCGGAGGUGGGGAAGGCAGCGAGGCGUUCGGACUGGAGCGCAACACCAUGUUGAAUAUAUGA